UCAGAAGCAACUGCCGCCGCCGCCGCCGCCGCCUCUUUCAUCUCUUCUGGGGCAGGGGCCAGGGCCAGGUUUUACACAUCAGUAAGUAGACCUCUUUGGAGUUCUGCCAACCAACUCAAUGGCGUCCUCUACUGCUGUGCCUCUGGGAUUUCACUAUGAAACAAAGUAUGUUGUUCUCAGCUACUUGGGACUCCUCUCUCACGAGAAGCUGCAGGAGCAACAUCUUUCCUCACCCCAAGGGCUUCAACCAGAUACAUCUUCACAGUCUCCAGAUCAAGAAGUUCUAUUAAAAGUUAAAACUGAAAUUGAAGAAGAGUUGAAAUCUUUGGACAAAGAAAUUUCUGAAGCCUUCACCAGCACAGGCUUUGACCGCCAUACUUCCCCAGUGUUCAGCCCUGCUAAUCCAGAAAGCUCAAUAGAAGACUGCUUGGCCCAUCUUGGAGAAAAAGUGUCCCAGGAACUGAAGGAGCCUCUGCAUAAAGCAUUGCAAAUGCUCCUCAGCCAGCCAGUGACAUAUCAGGCAUAUCGGGAAUGUACACUGGAGACUACAGUUCAUGCCAGCGGCUGGAAUAAGAUUCUGGUGCCUCUGGUUUUGUUACGACAAAUGCUUUUGGAGUUGACACGACGUGGACAAGAACCCUUGAGUGCACUGUUACAGUUUGGUGUGACUUACCUGGAGGACCAUGCAGCAGAUUACAUCAUUCAGCAAGGCGGCUGGGGCACUGUUUUUAAUCUGGAGUCAGAAGAAGAGGAAUACCCGGGAGUCAUCGCAGAAGAUAGCAAUGACAUUUACAUCCUGCCCAGUGACAACUCUGGACAAGUCAGUCCUCCAGAGUCUCCAACUGUGACCACUUCUUGGCAGUCAGAGAGCUUACCUGUCUCACUGUCAGCCAGCCAGAGUUGGCACACAGAAAGCCUACCAGUGUCCCUAGGUCCUGAGUCCUGGCAGCAGAUUGCAAUGGAUCCGGAAGAAGUCAAGAGCUUAGAUAGCAAUGGAGCUGGAGAGAAGAGUGAGAACAACUCUUCUAAUUCUGACAUCGUGCAUGUAGAGAAGGAAGAAAUCCCUGAGGGUGUGGAAGAGGCCGCUGUGGCUUCUGCAGGCCUGCUGGCCGGAGAGCUACAAGAAGUGUCCUCUGAAACCCCAGCUCCUUUGCUUCCACAUAUCACUGCCACUUCCCUGCUGGAGACAAGGGAACCUGGCACAGAAAUGAUUGCAGUGGAGAAAACCAGCCCUGCUACAUCUUUAUUUGUAGAGCUCGACGAAGAAGUGAAAGCAGCAACGAUGGAACCUGGUAAACUGGAGAAGGCCGCGGCCCCUGCCCUGGAGCCCACAGAAACCCUGCUGAGCCAAGGGGAGAGAAUUGUCAGGAAAGAGAGGCCGACAGAAGAGUCUUCCCUGGCUGGAGGAGAGAAGGCCGGCCCGUUGUCUGAGGGCAAGUCUAUACUGCUGUUUGGAGGGGCUGCUGCUGUUGCCAUCAUAGCAGUGGCAGUUGGGAUAACCCUGGUUCUGAGAAAGAAAUAG